UGCUUCACCAUCAAAAACAGCAGGACGACAACCUUUGUACUUCUAACCACUGGGGCAGACCCCUCAGUAGCCAAGCACAGAAAGAGAGACAGAAAGAGAGGGACGAACCCCAGAGGCAGUCAUGAGGGUCCAGAUGCUUCUCCUUGGCUCCGUCACCCUUGCCUUCUUCGCCCUGGCCGGAGGGAACCCCCUGGCAGCCACUGGGGCCGGCAUCAUCCCCAUCCAGGAAAACUUCGACGAGGCGCGGUUCUAUGGGAAAUGGUACGGGGUGGCGCUCGGCACCACCUGUCGCUGGAUGAAACAGCACAAGGAGCGCUUCACGAUGGGGACGACGGUGGUGGGUCCCGGCAAGACGCCCGAGGAGAUCAGCUUAACCUCCACCAGGCUCAGGCAAGGGCUCUGUAGCCGGGUUACCGCCGAUUAUCAGAAGACCAGCACCCCGGGGAAAGUCACCUACUACAACUCCAAGUGGAAGGCGAACGUCGAAAACUUCGUGGUUCGCACCGACUACGACGAAUACGCUUUUGUCGUGAUGAAGAAAAACAGCAGCCACGGAUUCACCACCACGGCCAAACUUUACGGACGGACUCCGGCGCUGCGGGAAGACCUCGUGGCUGAGUUCCGGCAGUUCGCUCUGGACCUCGGGAUUCCUGAGGACUCCAUUUUCCUCCUGAUUAAUACAGGGGAAUGUGUUCCCCCGGAGACCGAAUCCGAACCACAGAGGCUUCGGAGGGCUGCGUUUUCAGAGGAGGAAGGGUCUGCUGACGGCGCCUUGCAAACCUUAGGGGGCAAAAAAGAAGACGACUGCCGGGUCCCCAUGCACCCGGGCCCCUGCUUGGGGAUGAUCAUCCGGUAUUUCUACAACACAUCCUCCCAGAUGUGCCAGGGCUUCGUCUACGGCGGGUGCCUCGGCUCCAGCAACAACUUUGCCACGGAGAGGGAGUGCCUUCAGACGUGCAGGACGGAGGCCGCCUGCCGCCUCCCCAUCGUCCCCGGGGGCCCCUGCAAAGCCGAAUUCUGGGCCUUUGACGCCCAGCAAGGCAAGUGCGUCACCUUCAACGGCUGCGGGGGCAACGCGAACAAGUUCUACCUGGAGAAGGAGUGCAAGGAAUACUGUGGUGUCCUCCCCGACGGGGAUGAUGAGUUCCUCCAGCUGGGAUCACAGUGAGGCAGCCUUGCAAGGGCCAGAAGCUGCUGUUUUGGCCCCGUCACACCCCCCCCGGCAAAAACAAACCUAGAGAAGGACAAAUCUAGAAACUGCAGGAGGUUGUGGCUCUCAUUUCCACACCAUGAGAGAUUUGAGGGUGGAAAUAAAUAAAUAAAUACAUUUCCAAUUUG